AUGGUACCCCUCGGGCCGGAAGCCUCACGACACACCACAUUAGGUUUAUUAACAAAAGCGAAAAGGUUUAUAAAGAGCCUUGAAGAAAGGGAAAAAAGGCACUCAAGUCACAAAGAACAGUUAGCAAGGGAACAGCGUUACCUGCGACGGAGACUAGCACAGUUAAGGGCGAGUAGGGACGUGACCCGUUCCCUAGAAGAGAGCGCGAUGACGCACGCGCACGCAACAAGGGCAGACUCGCUGUCGUCCCUCGAGUCCUCAUCCGGCGUGUCUACGGCUGAGAGAUCGCCUUCAUCGGUUUCCGAAAGCGAUGAAGUGGACCGGGGACAGCGGGGUGGUGGCGCGCCGGCGUCGUCGCAAGCAUCGCGCCACGCGGUACACCAGGGUGUAGGUGCGCGGUGCGCGGCGCGAGUGCUGUGCGCACUAUCUUCGUAUAAAAACAAUCGUAGGACAUUUUGUUGGUACAUGUAU